AUGAAGACCACAGCUGCCGGCGGCAAAUCCCGGCUUCCAUGGCUGGUAAUGGGUUGCCUGCUGGCGGCUUUGGCAUGCUCUCUGUGGAUGCUCAGGAAGCACCUGCCAGAUGCUGGGACGGAGACACUCGAACAGGAGCCGAAAGGCCAAGAGGACCAUCUUGCCCAACAGGAUCAAAGUCAAAAGUCCACCGAGCCCACCUGCGAGCCAGAAGUCAUCUCUGAUUGUACUGCAGAGAGCCAGCCAGAGCCACCGGUGACCGCGCCUGCACCCGGCGAGCGGUCUCGAAUGCCAAAUUUUCACGGCCUCGAGUACCAGCUUUUUCUGCCAACAACUUGGCGAGGAGAAUCUGGUCAGACUUUCCCCGUGGUGGUUUUCCUGCACGGAGCCGGAGAUGGCAAAUUCAGUGUCAUGAAUUCUCAAAGCUUACCACGUCUGCUGACGAGGAAUCAAUCGACCUGCUUUGACCCACGGCAUUGCUGGUGCCUUCCUUCUGAAUACGAAAGGGCAACUGCCAAGAAGGAAGCCCCGGAGACGUCACCAGACGCCUUCUUGGACGAGGAGGAAGAUUUGCGGAGCCCGAUGGCCGCCUGUGAUUUUGCAGAUCGUUUUGAAGCAAUCACAGUGAUGCCACAAGGCUGGAGCGUUGGAGAUCCCGUCGGCUGGACGGGAGAGCGCUUAUCCAAGGUGCACCUUUUGACGAAACACGUGCUUGAGAAGUACCACGGAGACCCCGCGCGUGUUUCACUGACGGGUCAAUCAGCUGGUGGUGCUGGAGCCUGGCGAUUUGCAGCGGAGUAUGGGGAACUGUGGUCUUCGGUCUCCGUGGUUUGUGCUCCGGCUCCACCCCAGCUGGCUGAGAGCCUGGAGAAUCUUCAGAUCUGGGUUGUUGGUUGGACAGGCGAUGGAGAGAUGGGCAAUGAUGAUCUCGUGGAGGCUCUUAAGAGACGAACAUCUGGAUCCGUGCGGUACACACGCUACACGAAAGCGCCGCCACCCCCAGAUCCACAGUAUCGCUAUAUGUUGGGCCAUGGAAGUUAUGAUUUGAUCUACCGAGACCCCCGGUUGUGGCAGUGGGCACUGGCGCAAAGACGCCCCAUCGCCAUCAAAGCAUGGCAACAGUAG